UGAAGUCCACAAGUGGCCAGGAAAGCCUCUUCCUGGGAUCCUUCCGUGGGCUCCUUGCACCGGGGCUGACCAGAGGGCGGAAAUGCCGCCUCCAGCGCCCCCUCUUCCCCUCCCCUAAAGGGCCUAAUGUCCCCUGAGCGAAAGGGGAGGUGCGGGGGGGCAGGCCAAGGAGCAGAAAAUGCCCCCCCUCGGCGUGCACCUGGGGGCCUUCUCCCCCUCCCCGCCCCGAAGGUCCUGGGCUGAGCCGGGCAUCUGCUGGGAGGCUGCGAGCUCCCCGUUCUCCCGCCGCCCACGCGGGAAGCUGCGCUCUGGGCGGCAUCGGGGCAGGAUCGCGGCGGCCCGCAGGCGAAGGAUCCGGGACCCCCGCCCGGCUGGAUCGCGUGGAGGCUGCCCGGCAGAGCCCUCUGAGCGCCCCGCCCGCCCCAAAGAUGAAUAAGGCGGCCACGGAGGUCUCCGAGAAUAGCCACCACCUGAAGGUCUUCCUGCCCAAGAAGCUGGUGGAGUGCGUGCCCAAGUGCCCGGCCUUGCCCAAGGAGCGCCUGCGCUGGAACACCAACGAGGAGAUUGCUUCUUACCUGAUCACCUUUGAGAAACAUGAGGAAUGGCUCUCGGGCUCCCCCAAGACCAGACCCCAGAAUGGCUCCCUCAUCCUCUACAACCGCAAGAAGGUGAAAUACCGGAAGGAUGGCUACUGCUGGAAGAAGCGGAAGGACGGCAAGACUACGCGCGAGGACCACAUGAAGCUGAAGGUCAAAGGGGUGGAGUGUCUUUACGGCUGCUACGUCCAUUCGUCCAUCGUUCCGACAUUCCACCGGCGCUGCUAUUGGCUACUCCAGAACCCGGAUAUCGUCCUGGUCCAUUACCUGAACGUGCCGGCCAUCGAGGACUGCGGGAAGAUCUGCAGCCCCAUCCUGUGUUCCAUCAACAGUGACCGCAAGGAGUGGCUGAAGUGGUCGAAGGAAGAGCUGGUCGGACAGCUAAAACCCAUGUUUCAUGGGAUCAAGUGGACGUGCAGCAACGGGAGCAGCACCAGCGACUUCUCUGUGGAGCAGCUGGUGCAGCAGAUCCUGGAAAGCCACCAGGCCAAGCCGCCCCCCCGGACCCACGCCUGCCUCUGCAGCAGCAGCCUCGGGAGUCCCGGCCACGUCCCACACAAAUGCAACAGCAUUAAGCACCGGAUCAUCUCCCCCAAGGUGGAUGUCCGUCCUUGCCCCUUCCCGGCCCUGACAGAAGUACAGAACAUCUCGGGCAGCCCCGAGGCCAGAGCUGAGGUUGACCUGGCCAAGGGGCCUCUCCUGGACAGCAAAGGCCCCAAGCCGGCCAAGCCCGGCUCCCCCACCAUGGCCGAUGCCAUCCCUGAUUCCACACAGCCAUCCCCUGCUCUGGCCCGGCCCGGCGGCUUCCCGAAACAGGAGCGGCCCCCGGGCACCCUGUCUGUCAGCCUGCCCGGCAGCACCAUCUUCGUCAUGGCUGGCCCGAGCGGGGCUGAGAAGCCGCUGGCCCUGACCCCCAGCCAGCACCUGGUCUCCGGAGAGGGGGGAGUGGCCCCCACAGCAUCUCUCGGCCUGGCUGUCUUGCCCGGCCUGGUCCUCUCGCAGAGCCUGGAGUCCGCCAUGGAGACCAAUGAGGGGGCCUCGGACGCCUUUGACCCAGACCGCUUCCUGAACAGCCCCAAGCAAGGACAGACAUACGGGGGCGGCCCGGGCCUUCAAGCCGAGCCAGAACCCACUGAGAACGCCCCGGCCUCAGGCUACUCGCUCUACAUCUCCACCAAUCGCUUCUUCAUCCAAGAUGAUGGGGCCGGGCAGGGGCCCACACCUCUCUCGGCCAGCCCCACAGUGGUGGCAGCAGAAGCCAAGAGCAGCACAGAAGCACCCAUGGAGACGGCGGGUGAAGGGGACUCCCGGGCUGAGGUGCUGCCGGUUGAAGCGGGCGGAGAGGCAGGGGGGGUGCCGGAGAUCUCCCCCAAGGAGCUGCAGGAGGAGCUGUACUCAGUCAUCCAGAGAGUGGCUGCAGCGGCCGCGGGAGGCCCCUUCGGCCUGUCCUUUGACAGCCAUUUCCCAGACCUCAUUAGCGAGCUGAUGACGGAGGGCACAGUGGCAAACGGUGCAGGCAGCCCGAACGGACCCAGUCCCGGGUCGGGGAGCCCAGAGCCUGUUCUGCCGGAGACCCUGGCCGAGCCUUGCUACGCGGCGGAGGCCGUCUUGGGCUGCUCCGCUCAGCCCUUGGUCUCCAUCACCGACUUCUCACCCGAGUGGUCCUACCCGGAGGGGGGCGUCAAGGUACUGAUCACCGGCCCCUGGAUGGACGAUUCAGAGUCCUACAGCUGCCUCUUCGACCAGAUCUCGGUCCCUGCUGCACUCAUCCAGUCUGGGGUGCUGCGCUGCUACUGCCCAGCCCACGAGGCGGGCCUGGUGCCGCUGCAAGUCGCUCAUGACUCCUGCCUGCUCUCCCCCUCGGUUCUGUUCGAGUACCGGGCACGGAACUUCCUGGCGCUGCCCAGCACCCAGCUGGACUGGCUCUCCUUGGAUGAUAACCAGUUCAAGAUGUCCAUCCUUGAGCGCCUGGAGCAGAUGGAGAAGCGCGUAGCUGAGAUGGCCGCCUCUGCCUCCCAUGGCCCCCAGGCCGAGCCCCAAGGGGAGAAGCCCCCUGGCCAGGCCGCCUCCGACUCCUUUGAGGAGCGCAUCGUGGCCGUCUGUGAGAAAAUGAUGCUGUCGCAGUCGUGGCUUCGCUCGGAGACCCUCGUGCACCACGUCAGCUUCCGAGGAAUGACUCUCUUGCACCUGGCGGCCGCCCAAGGCUACACCCACCUCAUCGAGACCCUGAUCAAGUGGCGGAGCCUCAACGCCCAGAAUCUGGACUUGGAGCAAGAGGUCGAUCCCCUCAACGUGGAUCAUUUUUCCUGCACCCCUUUGAUGUGGGCCUGUGCUCUCGGCCACUUGGAGGCAGCCCGGCUGCUCUACCGGUGGAACAGCCAAGCUCUGGCCAUCCCUGACUCUUUGGGCCGCCUGCCACUCACCGUGGCUCGUUCGCGGGGCCACGUCAAGCUGGCCACGUGCCUGGAGGAACUGCAGCACCAGGAAGAGGCCGUCUCUGAACCUCUGGAGCCCUUGGCGGAUGCAUCUGGGUCGGCCGGCAAGGCCUGCAUUGUUGGCCUUCAGCACCCCACGGAGGGGCUGCAAAUCCCCUCCCCGCUCUCGGCCAGCCCAGACACAGGGCUCAGCACCGCCAGCGGCGUCUCCUCCCCCUCGGAGCGCUCGGAAGGCUCGCUCUCUGUCACCUCAGCCUAUUCCAGCGGGUCAGCCCUGCGGGAGUCGCCGGCCUACAGCCCCGAAGCCGAGGGAGCCAUGGAUGUGUGCCAGGGCCUGCCACCCAGCAGCCUGGAGGGCUGGUACUUGCAGGAAGCCGCCAGCCCACCCAGCCUUCCACCUGCCUCCUUCUUCCUGAGCUAUGGCGAGGGGGGCUCCGUGGGACCCCCGGGAGGCCCCGAAGCCCAGCUGGAGCCAGAGUUGCUGGCCUACGGGGAAAAUGCUGAGAAUGAGGAACAGCUGCCGGAGACGGACGUCCUGCAGGUGGACGUGAUCACGCUGGCCAAGCAGAUCAUUGAGGCCACGCCGGAGCGCAUCAAGCAGGAGGAUUUUGGCUGUGUCGAGGCGCCUCUCCGCGAGCGGUCCAGCAACGUGGGCCUGAAUGAGACCAUGUCCUGGCUGGCCAGCUACCUGGAGAACGUGGAUCAGCUGCCCAGUCUCCCACAACGACGAGGCUUGGCCCCCUCGCCCCCCGGGCGCUCCUGCCUCAGCCCCCUGCAGUCUCCCCUGGCGGACCUGUCCUUCGAGCGCCUCCCUCCGCCCCCCACCGCCGCCAGCUGGGCUGAGUUCCUCAACGCCUCGGGGAACGGAAAGAUGGAGAGCGACUUUGCCCUGCUGACCCUCUCCGACCACGAGCAGCGGGAGCUGUAUGAAGCCGCCCGCAUCAUCCAGACAGCCUUCCGCAAGUACAAGGGCCGUCGGCUGAAGGAGCAGCAGGAGUUGGCAGCGGCUGUUAUCCAGCGGUGCUACCGGAAGUACAAGCAGUACGCGCUCUACAAGAAGAUGACGCAAGCGGCCAUCCUGAUCCAGAGCAAGUUCCGCAGCUACUAUGAGCAGAAGAAGUUCCGGCAGAGCCGCCGUGCCGCGGUGCUGAUCCAGCAAUACUACCGCAGCUACAAGGAGUACGAGAGGCUGAAGCAGGGCCACCGCACUUCGGCCGCCAUGCAGCAGAAGAUCAAGGGAACCUUCCUGACCAAGAAGCAGGAUCAGGCUGCUCGGAAGAUCAUGCGGUUCUUACGACGUUGUCGGCACAGGAUGAAGGAACUGAAGCAAAGGCAGGAGAUGGAGACGCCCCCACAGAAGCGCGGAAUGGCCACUUAGCCCGAAGAGGAGCCCAAGAGGAGAAUCCUGACCCCAGCCAAGCCCCCGAAGGACUGGGAGGCUGGGGGUUGGACAUGGGUCUCCCUGCAGGAAGGAAGGAAGGACUGUGCAAUAGAACCACCUGGGUCAGAGCUUGGGCCCUUCCCGCCUAGGGUGGGUGCGAAAGCUCUCCUGGCCAGGGGCCCAGACCCCGACCCCCGGCUGCGUCACAAGAGCCCCCGUGAGCCUGCCUCUCAUCUGUGCCAAGGCGUCUCUGCCACGUGUGGGCCUUUCCGGGGGACAUAGGGGACGGUCGGUCGGUCGGAGGGGGAUGCCGCACCCUGGCAUCUGUAAGGGGGGAGGGAGGGAUUCUCAGGGGGCCCCACUGCCUUCACGCCAGCUUUCUGGAGGACCUGCAGCAGCCCCCAAUCGCAAGGGGUCAGGUGGAAGACAGCCUCCUGCCAUGCACUUUUGAGACCCCUUCUUGUUUCCUUCUCCCCUCCCUCCUUCCCAUAAACUGGGCCAGGCUGGGAUUUGAAAAGGGUCCCUCCCUCUCCAGCCGCCCUGCUGCCCCCUCCCCCAUGCCUCUGUACAUACUUGUAUGAUAUGGGCAAAAGAAGGCCAGGUUGGCAUCUAUUUAACCCAAAGGCAUCUUACCCUUUGGGGUGGCGGCAGGAGGCUGGGGAGGAAGAGGCAUGGGUUGUAAUUUUGGAGCUCCUCCGCUUCUCCCCCCCUCCCCCGCAAUCUGUGUAUUUCAGCCCAGCCUCUGGGUGUCACCCCCUCCAUCCGUCACACGGCUACCCGUUUUGCAUGACUUUGGUUGGUUUGUACAAAUUUACAUUAAACUGCAAGAAAAUU